AAUAGUUAAUGAUACUUAAAAUAACAAUAUAAGGACACUUCAAGGUACUUGAUCAAACCACACUUCAUGCUAACAAAACAGAUUCUGUUCCCUAAUACCACUUGAAAAUCACAAAUCGGCUACAAAAUGCAACUAGUGAUUAAUCACCGUAAACAGUGGUAACUAGAUCUUGUGCAGAUAAGUCAGAUCAAGAUAAUUCAUACUUUGAUUACGACCUUAACAAUGACUUAAUCACUUGAUAUAGAUAGGAAUUUUCACCUUAUCACAAAAAUAGACACUUGAAAAUUUCUAUUUCCAAAUUUGGAAUACCGGUAUUUUUACUAAAUUAAGGUACCGUUACACAUGCACCUGCUGCACUUAACGGAAUGAAGUCGGUGAUAGGUAUGUUAGUUUUGUGUUGUGUUAGAGUUCAUCAAACUAUGACACCCAGCGUGUGUGAUUUAAUGGCUAUAGAAUACAGAUUUCAAUGUGGAGAGGGAUUUUGCGAUGGACCCAGGCAAUAUUGUGCAGACGACGACGUUUGUCGGUAUUGUUCAACUGAUUUGUGUCGGAACCCGCCAGAUCAAUGUCAAUAUCAGUGUAUAUUAUAUCAACAGCAAAACCUCAAAGAAUUAUGCACAACGAAGAAAAAUAUUACGGGAAAAAUGACAGAACAAAACGGAAAUGAAAUAUUGUUUGACAAGUCCAUUUUCAUUGCUGGGUGUGUAGUAUUGGCAUUUAUCGUGACGAGCAUAAUUAUUGGACUGGUGUACUUUGGUUGGAUUCGCAAUACGACUCCCUGCAUAAAUGUCGAAAAUUGUUUCGUAAAAUGCUACAGAUGCAGUUGUGCUGAGAACCGAAGACGUAAAACAGAAUACAUUAACGACGGAGGAGAGGAAAUGACUUCAAUGUGUGUUCCGAGUGGAAACUGAAUGAGUGUGUUCCAUGCGGAAAUUGACUCACAGUUUAUAAGUAAUAAGUGCUUAUAAGUAUUAUACGAUGUAUAAAGCAAUGUAGACCUUAUAGGUCCCCAGUUACAGUAUUUGAAUGUCACAGUUGAUAUAUUAGUAUAAAAUAUAUUGGUUUUGUUUUCUUGUAUUAUGUGCAAGUAUUCUCUUAGUUAUGUAUAGUUGCUGUUUCCUUGGAUAAGGAUUCAACCACAAAACUUCGUUGCUGUUUACAUGGUGGAAUACUAUGUAAAACAAAUCAUGACGAUUUGAACAAAUAGCAUGUAGAUAUUUAAUUAAUUUUAUUGAAAAUUUAGUUGUAUGUAUGUAUAGUGAAAGUGGUAGGGCUUAAUUGUCAACGAAAUUUUUAUAAUAUGAAAAGUUAUGCAAAUAUUUGCAGCCAGAUCAUAUGCAGACUUUCCUUUUAAAGUUACAUGAAUUACAUGCUUUAUUGUAAUGGAUUUUACAGCUUCAAUAUAGCUUCAGGCCGUUUUUCAAGUAAAGAAUAAAUAUCAACAAAGAUGUUGAAGAAUUAAAUAUCUUUGAAUGAAGAUGCCACACAAAAAGGGAAACGAUGAACAGAAUGUAAUGAUGAAAGUUAUUAAGUUAUUAAAGUUAUUCCGUCUUUAUAGAUUUUAUAGACUGAUAUUAUUUCAUUUAUUAAAAAUAUGUAGAAAUAAAUAUCAAAGAGGAUAUAUAGGGUGUCAUUCUGUAUUUUUGUUGUAUCCUUAUCGGUAAAAUUGAUCAUUUCAUGUAUUUCAACUUUGGAAAGACUAAAACCUUCAUGGAGAUUUUCUUUCAUUGAUUACUGACAUUGUAAAUAUCUUUUAUUAUUUGAUUAUCCGGAUGAUGUAAUUGUUUUAUACAACGGUUCAUAUAGCCUGACUGGAUUUCAU